UUACAUUUAUUCGAAAACCCUGUCGUAUCUAUACAAAAAAUAUAUAUAUAUUUGUCUUUGAAUUUCGUAGAACUUAACAUCAUUAAUGCCAUAUCAAAUUACUAACUCUCUUAUUUAUUCACAGAAAUAUAUUGUUGUUAAGUUGCUUACUUGAAAGUUAUAACACCGUUUGAACUUAAAGAUAACCUUAGAUUGACUUAUUAAAACAAAAACAAUAUUACUUGAAUCAUUACAGUUUAAUUCUUUGAGUAAAUUGAACGUUGUAAUAAUGCUGAAAUUAUUUAUUUUGUUAUUUGUUAGUGUGUGUGGUGUUUACGGGUAUUUUACUCUGCCGGGAAAAUGCCCUGAAAAUGUACAGCUUCAGGAGGAGUUUCGACCUGCCGAUUUUUUCAACAAAUGGUACCAAGCCUACCACUACUCAAGCGACGGACAGAACCAAAACAACUGUUCGGUAAUAGAGCUGCAGACAAGAUCCACUGGCAUCUACCUGAACCAGUCCAGGGUCGACCGAGGCCUGUUCCAUCGCUACAGCAUAGCGAAGGUUGGGAUACCUCCUAGCAUUGAAGAUGGGGCUAGACUGGAUGUUACGUUCAGUUUUGAUGAUGCGCCUAGGAGAUUGAUGAAUAGGAGGUAUCCCUUCCAUGUGUUGGCUACGAACUACAACUACUAUGCGACGGUGUAUACCUGCAACUACAGCCCACUCAUUGACAAGCAUUUCAUUUACGUAUGGAUCCUAUCAAGAAACGAAGUUCUGAAUGACGUAUCUAAAGAGCUGGCCAUCAGAUCACUUUCUCGGAUCGGCGUGGAUCCCAAGAAGCUGGUGAAAGACGACUGGUCCCGAUGCUCGCCGAAGUAUUACGAGGAUAGACAAGCCGAACCGCUGACUUUUAGGACCCCUGUGUUAGUACGUUAUUAAGAUUAUUAAUGUUAUUACUAAAAA